AUGUUCAGAUCUACACUGAGACAGACGGGCCUUCGGCCUAGUCAGUGUGGCCCUCGUUUUAAUUUGAUGCGCAGGUGGCAAUCUUCGUACACUUUCUCCAAUAACAGAUCUCUGUUGCAGAAGGAGCAGUUGAAGAACGACAAACGAAAGAAGCUAGCGGAAAAAGACGCCAAGGUAGAAAGCACCUCCUCUCACGUGGAGAGAAGCUCUCACCAACGAUCAUCGCCAGUCGAAAUGCAUGCAAAACCUCGCAGGGUUGCUGAUUAUUCGUGGUUACCCAAGGCGCCUUCUACUGCCCACCUCAAACAGCGAGAUGUCAGCACGGAAGUCUUAUAUUCUGGUUAUAGGCCAUUUUUCCUCAAGCCAAAAGAGUCAAAACAGAACGAAAACAGUCUUUAUGAAUUUGCUAUGAAGUUAGAGAGCUUGGGCGAGCCGUUACCAUGGAUUUCGUCUGCGACAGGGGCAGAGUUUUACGGCGAAUGGGAUAGUGUCCCCACUGACGUGAUAAAAAAGCUGCGACCAUUUCAUCCACCUGCUUUGAGUUCGGUGAAUAACGACAAAGAAGCCCGUAAGGCUUCACAUCGCGCUUUAGUGGAGCAGGAAAAGCAAAAACUAGUGAAUCGGUCAAAAGGCCGUAAGAAGCCAAUAUUGAGACUUCUACAACUAGAUAAACAAUUUAAAGAUCAGGAUGGGGAUUAA